AUGGCCGCUAACACGGCUAACAGCGAGACAUGUGAGGCUGCGUCUGAGGGAGGAUCCAACGAAACCUUCGGAUCUCAGAAGAGAGAAGAAAGGCUUCGGAAGUUCAGAGAACUGCAUUUCAAACGAAAUGAAGCCCGUAAACUAAAUCAUCAGGAGGUUGUUGAAGAAGACAAGAGACUCAAACUGCCUUCAAACUGGGAGGCAAAGAAAGCCAGACUGGAGUGGGAGCUUUCUGAAAGCCAAAAGAAAAAGGAAUGUGCUACCAAUGGAGAAGAUUAUGACAGGGUCAAACUCCUGGAUGUCACGGCUGAUGAUGCAGAGCGCUGGGAGAGGAAGAAAAAGAAGAAAAAUCCAGACACAGGAUUUGCAGGGUAUGCUGAGGCACAGUUCCGACAGUAUCAGAGGCUUACCAAGCAGAUCAGACCAGACAUGAAUAACUAUGAGAGGCAAAGGGAGGAAUGCGGUGAGGAUUUUCACCCCACAUCCGACAGCUUGAUCCACGGCACUCAUGUCCCUACGAAAGAGGGCAUUGAUCGCAUGGUGGAGGAUGUUGAAAAACAAAUUGAGAAAAGAUCCAAAUACAGUCGACGCAGGGCCCAUAACGAUGAUGCCGACAUUGACUACAUUAACGAGAGGAAUGCCAAGUUCAACAAGAAGGCUGAGCGCUUUUAUGGAAAAUAUACAGCAGAAAUUAAACAGAAUCUGGAGAGAGGCACAGCUGUUUAG